AUGAAAUGGGAAAGAUCCAAUACAAGUGGAAUAUUGAUGUUGUGAAACAAAAAGAAAAUACGUCAAGAACAGCACUGCCUUAUCUACAAAGGAGUGAGUGAUUUGUUGACUGUGGGACGUUCUUCAUCCGGUGAUGGAAGAGGAUGUGUGACUCCUCAGAAAGUCAAGGACAAUCCAAGUUCAAAGGUUGUGAAACAUCUAUUUUCAACAAAAGAGGAAAACAAUGGGAAGACAAGAUCGUCAUUCAAAGAUGCAAACGAAAGACUGAUCAACUAUGUCCAAGCUUCUGGAAUGAAGUGUUCAGAAGACAUGAUGAAAUCGAUUCGAGACGGAAAGUCAAUCGACUUUGAUUCGAUCGCACCAAAGUUGGAUGCUCCAGUUCAAACGGAAGUUGUUGCAAGAGAAACAGAGGUGACUCAAAACAAGAUUCUCUAUUCUGCAAAACUGACCAAUCAUAUGAACAGAGCAGCGUAUUUUGAGACAAACAAGCGAACUGUUAAGUCAAACAUCAUGCUUAAGUUUGUGAAGAAAGAGAUGGAUAUCAAGCUUUAA